AAUAAAGAUCUAUGGAGAGGGCAAAAGAGCAGACUACUUCAGAACGUACUUUAAAGUUGUACAUUGCCCAGAUCCGGCAAAUUUUAAAUUAGUAUACAACUAUCUUAAAUAGUUCUUCUUCAUUUGUGAUAAAAGGGGAUUAGAAGGUUUGGAAUUCUAGCAAAGAAAUUUUAGUCACAAAGAAACGAAGAUGGGAGAAGAUAAGCCAGCAGAAUCACCUGUAGGAGGAGAUGAAAUUUCAAAGAAGGCCCUUAAGAAACAACAGAAAGAGGCUGAGAAAGCGGCAAAGAAAGCUGAACGUAAAGCUCAAGUUCAAGCACAACAAGAAGCAAAUCAAGAGGAAGACGUAUCAGUGGGGAAAUAUGGGGACACAGGAUUGAUACAGAGUAAAGAAAAACAUGUGGAAAGGAAAUUUAUUGAUAUUAAAAAUUUGACUCCAGAAUUAGAAAAUCAAACUGUAUGGUUAAGAGGGCGUUUACAUACUAGCCGUGCCAAAGGUAAACAAUGCUUUAUUGUCUUAAGACAACAAUCGUAUACAGUCCAAGGAUUGGCUGCAGUAAAUGAAAAUAUUAGCAAACAGAUGAUUAAGUUCAUAUCCAACAUUACAAAAGAGUCUAUUGUGGAUGUAGAAGCAGUUGUUAAACGUGUACCUUCCAAAAUUGAAUCAUGCACACAGAAAGAUGUAGAGGUUCAUAUUGAAAAAGUAUUUGUGGUAAGUGCUGCAAAGCCACAAUUACCUUUACAAAUUGAGGAUGCUUCAAGGCCUAUGGGAGAAGCAGAUGACAAUGCUCUGAAUAUCAAAGUGAAUCAAGACACUAGAUUAGACAACAGAGUUUUAGAUUUAAGAACUCCAGCGAAUCAAGCUAUAUAUAGGGUUGAAGCAGCUAUAUGUAAAUUAUUUAGAGACAUUCUGACAAGCAAAGGUUUUGUUGAAAUUCAUACACCAAAAAUUAUAUCUGCUGCAAGCGAAGGUGGUGCAAAUGUGUUCACAGUGUCAUACUUUAAAGGAAAUGCUUAUCUAGCCCAAUCUCCUCAACUUUAUAAACAAAUGGCUAUAGCUGCAGACUUUGACAAAGUUUUUACUGUAGGAGCAGUUUUUAGAGCUGAAGAUUCUAAUACACACAGACAUUUGACAGAAUUCGUCGGUCUUGAUUUAGAAAUGGCAUUUAAGUAUCAUUAUCAUGAGGUAGUGGAUACUAUUGGACAAUUAUUUACGGAGAUGUUCAAAGGUCUUCGUGAUACUUACGCUGCUGAGAUUCAGGCUGUUCGUCAGCAGUACAAUGUAGAACCUUUCAAAUUUUUAGAUCCACCUUUAAAAUUAGAAUUCACUGAUGCAAUUGAAUUAUUGGCAGAUGCUGGAGUAACUUUAGGUGAAGAAGAUGAUUUGUCUACACCCGAUGAGAAAUUACUGGGUAAACUUGUAAAAGCAAAAUAUGACACUGAUUUCUAUAUUUUGGAUAAGUAUCCACUCGCAGUGAGACCUUUUUACACAAUGCCAGAUCCAAAUAAUCCUAAAGCAUCGAAUUCUUACGACAUGUUUAUGCGAGGCGAAGAAAUUAUUUCUGGUGCGCAGCGUAUUCAUGACCCUGAACUUCUGACAGAACGUGCCAAACAUCAUGGAAUUGAUUUAGAACAGAUCAAAGCAUACAUCGACGCAUUUAGAUAUGGUUGCCCUCCUCAUGCUGGUGGCGGAAUCGGAAUGGAGCGCGUCGUAAUGUUGUAUCUUGGUUUAGAUAAUAUCAGAAAGGUUUCAAUGUUCCCUCGUGAUCCGAAACGUCUAACGCCUUAAAUUUUAAGACUUUACUUCUUCAUUAAUCUUGUAUGCAUCGAACUGCUUUAUGGAACUUCAAAAAUAGUUAAU